UUCGCGAAAGGGUUGAGUGCACCAGGUACUGUACCUACGAUAUAUCGGUACAUGUACGUGCACACGUGACUUUCGUGUAGGACUAUUUGCCACUUGAAAGUCAGCAUGAGCAGCCGAAGUUAUUACAAUCAAAAAAAGAAAAAAGAAGCCCUGCGUCGCCUUUCCCAGAGUGGGGCAAGAGGAGUAAAGUCUCCCAGGGAUGCGGUUCCUGAUGACCCACUGAGGCAGGAAAGAGGCACAAGAAGACAUCAGAGACGCUCAAUGGAGGAGGACGAUCAUCAUUCAGCAGGUGGGAUCUUUGGAGGACGUAGAGUCAUCGCUACAGAUUCCCCUUUAUCUGGUACCCACCUUGUCAUCCAAGCAAACGUAGGGGGCCAGUCGUCAGGUGCUGAUACCCCUGACACAGAGCCAGAUCAACCCAGACGGGUGGUCACCUCGCAACCAACCUCAGUUCCCCAGGGACCAUUUAAACUGUUUGGUAAGAGUGCUGGCGUGUCCUCAAGUCCACCCUCUGAUAAGACAUUGCCUGGAGGUGGUGUCAGCAGUGGGAUAUUUAAUUCCCCUCAAAAAUCUGCAGAGGAAUCUGAAGCACCUGGGUCUGAAAAGCAGUACCAGGCUUCACCUACCAGAAGAAGUGUAUUUCAAGCUGAGACAAGCAACUUCUUCCCUAUCAGACCCCUGUCUGGGAAUGCCUCUGCAGAUGACUUGCAAACCUCACACAAAGGGACCAACUCGGCUGGCAGUCUUUCUGCACAGGACUCAACGGCAAAUCCAUUUGCUAAACGCCCUCAAGAAGUGUCUCUACAUUCCUCAGCAACAGAGGUGCCUGAAUCGCUCUUCAGAAGCAAAGAGGCUUCUCCAGGUGUGGAUUCUGUGACCAGGAACCUCUUCGGCAAGCCUGCGCCCAAGAGCACAGAGUCUAGCUCUCUGCUUUUUGGAAAAUCGGCACCAAAGCCCGAAAUUCUCUUUGGGAAAGAAGUGUCCAGAGAGCUAGAAUUUAAGCCUCAGGGUAAAGUGCUGUUUGGGAAAGUUAUAGAGCUAUCAAGUCGCCGUGACCAUGGUGAUGUUCCAGCAAAGAGGCAGCUCUCCCCGAGUCGGUCAGAAGCUGCCUCCAAACGAACUCUCAUGGCCUUCAACGACCCUUUCUCAUCUACCUCAAGUGAUAUAACCGAUCUAGAGACAUUCGGAGCAGACACGAGCAAGAAGGAUGCCAGGCAGAAGAAGCCCCUGAUCAAGAGAUCGGGCCUGUUUGGGAAAGCCAUAGCUGAAGCUAGUGGGAGAAGUCAUGACUCACCCAGAGGGGAUCAGCCAAGUGAUAGCCAUGCAUUGACCAGCAAGACUCAUAAAAGUCGCAGCCGCAGCCCAGAGAAAAGAAAACAAAGCCCAGGCAGGUCCAGUGAAGAUGAAAUUAAGAAGACCAGAGAUGAAAGCAAGCCAGGCCGCCGAUCCUCUUCUUCCAGUUCUUCCUCUCGACGGUUCGCCAGCCCAGAGGAGAUCAAGAAACUGCAGGCCAUUGUCAUCAAGGGGGUGCCACCAGUGGCCAACUCACGAGCCUACCUUAAGGACUUUUUCUCACAGUAUGGCCCAGUCACCCGUGUCUUCACCAAUGCUGCUAAACACUCUGCCAUUGUUUAUUUUGCGGAUCAUGAUUCAGCAGCCUAUGCUAAGAAGAAGGCCCGAGUUUUGAAACGAGGCACUAAACCAGUAGCCAUAUUCUGGAGGCAAGGGGACCCAGGACCUAAAUCGGAGAACAGACCCUCACAAGAUGACCACAAGGUGUCCUCGACAAAACACACAGAGAGCAAACAAAUCGGUGUGAGGCCGUCCCUGGCAAUGUUCAACCGCAAGAUAGAGGCAAAAGUGAAUCCUGAGGAUGGUAGUAGCGUCGUGAAGCAGAUUAGCAGCACGACUUCAGCAGCAGGCCAUCAGAAGACAACUAAUCUGUCAGUUCCUGGCCAUUUACUCAGCAAGCAGGUUGGCCACACUGCACAAGACAGAUAUGAUAUUCUGGAGGACAGAGACAGAGUUAUCAGACAAGGUCUGAAGAAAAAAACCAACCUGGCAAUGCCAGGGGCUAUUAAAGGUACAUGUCCAGACAUGUGUCCCGAGAAGGAGCGCUACAUGAGGGAGGUCCAGCGUAGACUACACCCAUACGAAGUCUUACAAGGAUCUACAGACCAGGUACAUGUAAACCAUGAUGCCGCUGUGAAAGAGUACAGCAGGUCUUCAGCAGAUCAGGAGGAGCCCUUACCCCACGAGAUGAGGCCAGCCCCUGUCCUAACCAUGACGAUGAACUACCUGAUGCGUCACGUCAUGAACACGGGACAGGACGGCCACUGGGAGGAAUGGUUUGACUUCCUCUGGAGUCGGACGCGUGGAAUCCGCAAGGACAUCACACAGCAGGAUCUACGAGACCUGACUGCCAUAGAUCUCAUGGAGAAAUGUGCAAGGUUUCACAUCUUCUGCUCCCAUCGGCUGUGUGAGGAGGACCUCAGUACCAUUGACCCCAAGAUCAACAACGAGAACCUGACUAAAUGCAUGCAGUCCCUCAAGCAGUUUUACCGCGAUCUAGCUAGCGAGGGCGUUGUUUGUCCCAACGAAGCAGAGUUCCGGGCAUACGAUGUUCUGCUGAACCUCAACGACAGGGACAUCCUCAGGUAAGUGGUUUCCGCAUCUGCAUUUCUGUUUGACUUCUUGUUUUCUUUCAGGAAUUGGUUUGUUAAAGGACAAAGCAUCAGCUUUUCUGGAGAUGGCGAACUUGAUUCUAACUUGUAGUUCCUUAAUCCAAGCCCUUGUUGCAUUUUCUGUUGAUUUUUGUGUAAUGUGUGCGAUUCACAAUAGCUUCCGCUACCACGAGGUUUCCACAGAGAGGCUAUGUUUGAAGUUAUGGUUGACAUAAUGCAUGGUGGACUUGCAGUGAUGUGCAUUUGAGUGUGUGCUAAUCCAUAAGUUGAAGUCUUUGAUGGAUUAGGAUAUAUACUCCAUGCAUUGGAAAGAAGACAGGAUUAAGUAAAAUGCUGCUCAAAUGAACUCAGGAAUCUUCUACCCACACAAAAAGCUAUGGGAAAAAUUCAUGUUCCCCAUAUAGAAUUUGGUCACCAUUUCUCACAAUGCUUUUCAAACAAGACCUUCCCUGUGGCAACCUCUUUGAUGGGCUUUGUGUUGUGAAUUGCCCAUAGUAUGCAACCCAAUCCAACUCACCCAAAGUGAAAGGGUUGCUGGAGAAAAGCAACAAAACUUCAACAGACAGCAACAAAAUCCAACAGUGGGAUUUGACAUUGAGGUCUGCACUUGUGGUGACUGUUGAGUCCAACAAUUGGGUGCAGGUGCGCCCAGUAUUGUACUUGGUUGCGUCAUACUGCCAGGGUCAUUUGGUAAAGUUGCAACUCAUAAGCAUGCUCUUGUUUCAUUAAAUUUCAUGUGA